UUUGGUGGAAAAGCUCGUAGUUCGUAUUGAACGAUUUCGAGCGUUUUUCCAUAAAACCACUGUUUUAUUUUGUGAUAAUACAUCUUAAAUCUCUAUAUUUAGUUGUAAGAACCUUGCCGCAAACAAAUCUGUUCGUUAUCUCCGACUGGGAAUACUUUUUGCGUUUCGUGCUUGUGUUGCUGACAAAUCGAUUCGGCGUUGCGAAGUUUCAGGUUAUAUUAAUAAAUUACGAGUUUUCAUUAACAUUUGUUUCUAAAAUGGAAAACAUGGACGUAGCUCAAGAAGGCACAUCGGCGGCGUCGACGCCCAUACUCGAGAAUGGUGGCUUGGAUGGGAUCGGCGGUGAGACCGGGCCCGACAAGAAUGUCACCGCCGAGGAGAUGACUUCUAGGGAUUACUACUUCGACUCGUACGCGCACUUCGGUAUCCACGAGGAGAUGCUCAAAGACGAAGUUCGGACGCUCACAUACAGAAAUGCCAUGUAUCACAACAAGCAUUUGUUCAAAGGAAAGGUGGUCCUUGACAUUGGGUGUGGUACUGGCAUCCUGUCCAUGUUCGCAGCUAAAGCUGGUGCAGCAAAGGUGAUAGCAGUGGAGUGCUCCAACAUUGUAGACUAUGCACGGAAAAUUGUUGAAGCCAACAGGCUGAGUGAUGUUAUUGAUAUUGUCAAAGGAAAGGUUGAAGAAGUGGAAUUGCCAGUGGAAAAAGUGGACAUAAUUAUAUCAGAGUGGAUGGGCUACUGCCUGUUCUAUGAGAGCAUGUUGGACACAGUGCUGUACGCAAGAGACAAGUGGCUCAAGCCUGAUGGCAUGAUGUUCCCAGACAGAUGCACAUUAUUCAUCUGUGGUAUUGAGGACCGUCAGUACAAAGACGAGAAGAUCAACUGGUGGGAUGAUGUGUAUGGCUUCAACAUGUCUUCCAUCAGGAAGGUGGCGAUAUCAGAACCGCUGGUUGAUGUGGUUGAUGCUAAACAGGUGGUGACCAAUUCGUGUUUACUCAAAGAGAUAGAUUUAUACACAGUCAAGAAAGAGGAUCUCAACUUUGAGUCCAAGUUUCAUAUACAGGUGCGGCGUAACGACUUCAUCCAAGCACUGGUGACGUUCUUCAACGUGGAGUUCACGAAGUCUCACAAGCGGCUCGGCUUCAGCACCGCGCCCGAGGCGCCCUACACACACUGGAAGCAGACCGUCUUCUACUUCGACGACUACAUGACGGUAACUACAUCUUGUGAAAAGUUCGAAGAGAUCACUGGAACGUUCUCGAUGCGUCAGAACGCGCGCAACAAUCGCGAUCUGGACUUUGAAAUAGAGAUCGACUUCAAAGGCGAGCUGUGUCAGGUGCACGAGAAGAAUCACUACCGGAUGCGUUAGUGAUGUCACGCGUUCCCCUUCCGCCCCGUCGUCCUUCCCACGGCCCCCACCAGCGCGGACCACGUGAUCUGACGGGCCGGCGAGAGUUCCUUACGCGCGAAAUGUUGUUUUUUAAAUGAGGUAAAAUAAUUUCGAGUGCGAUGAGUUUUGCGGAUUUCUGCGCGAUAAUGAACCUUAUGUAUUAUUGUGAUAGAUUUAAAAUGCUUAGAGUAGUUUCAGAAUGUGGAAAAUGUAAGUGAAA